AUGGUGCAUAGGGAUAUCAAGCCGGCAAAUGUUUUGGUGACCCAGGCCUUCUGGCUGAAAUUGGCUGAUUUUGGGGAGAUAAAGGAGAUCCAAAAAACUUGCUCAACUUUUACCGAUGUUGGGACGCGACGCUAUAUGAGUCCGGAGCAAACGAGGACCACCGAUGUGAUAAAGCUCAAUCACAAAAGUGACAUUUACAGCAUGGGAUUAGUGCUUUGGGAGCUGAUAGAGAGAAGACAAGUUUUCUCAAACUAUGGAAAAGAAGAUGUCUAUAGCAUAAAUCCUAACGCCACUCAAUUGAUCGAUCUGGAAAGUUUUGAUUGCACUCACGAGAUCAGACAAGUUGUUGAAAGAUGUACAGCGUUUGACAUGAACAAGCGGCCCUAUGCACGCGAGUUGAAGGCAUUACUCCCCAAAAAGGAAACGAUUACAUUGAAGAUGAAGCCAGAGGAAGAUGAAAAAGAAACCCGCUUGAUUAGACCGAUUGGCUUUGAUGGGACAAAGAAUCGGGUCUACAUUGAGGGCAGCGGUUACCUCACUCCUCCACACAUACACACCAGUUCAACCUCACAAUCAGUGGCAGCUCACUCUAGUAAAAGUCCUACUACUUCAAGUACACCACUCAAAAAGGAGACAAAGUUUCACGGUAACCCAAAUCCACUUGACUUUGCUUCACUAAGAUCGGAACUAAUGGAAAUAGUUAAAGAAAGUCAACCAACAAGCUCUGUCAACAGUGAAAAUGGAGAAGAAGUAAAAAAGAGAGGACGCCCGCCAGGAUCAAAAAACAAAACGGGAUCGCAAGUAAAGAAAAACUCUACGGGCUCCACGAUUGCCAAAAAGCCAAGCUCCGCCUCACUCUUCGAC